AUGAUGGAGUCGGUUGGUUAUGUACAGUCGGGUGAUGGUGCUGAUUUUGAAUGCAAUGGGAAGAAAUCUGGACCUGAUGGAGUCACAUUCGAGUCCCGAAAGUGUGACUACAGUAUAUAUGGUAUCCUCAACUUUCUUCAAAGUGAAUGGACUAAAAUGUCAAUUGAACGCUCCCGUUGGGAAUUUGAGAGAGCUGAGUUACAGGCGAGGAUUGCUGUUUUGCAAAACGAAAAGAUUGGAUGCGAAAACCUGAAAAGUGAUCUUGUUCGUCGAAUUAAAAUGCUUGAGUACGCACUGCAGCAGGAGAGAUAUAAAAACUACUCGCUGAAGUACUCCAAUGAACCUAAUGCAGACAGCAGCAAUAAGGAUGGUCAAGAAGCUUCUGGGAAAAGAGAUGGAUUAAGUACCACUGAGCGUGCUCGUUUGCGGGAGUAUUUGACUCGCAUUGGAAUGAAAAAAUUGUCGAACGAAAUGAGAGCCGCUAAGGUGAAGGAGCUGUUGGGCAUUUCUUUAAACGGCGAAGUAUCAGCAUCUGAAUCUGGGAAGUUGGCUCCGACUGUAUCGUCUGAACAUCGAGGGGAUGUCACUUCGGCAAAGUCUGGCGAUGAUCCUGCCAACCGCCAUGACGAGGCAGCCAGCGCCCUUGCAGAAUUUGACAAACUCGUUGCACAGCAGUGUGGUGAUGCGAACGAAUCAGUGGACGUAGACAUUCUCGCUGAUUCCUUCACUGUCGACAUCAUGGAACCACCAAGAAGUUGGGCCUCUGGCGACCAAUCCGCUUUUGUUGAUCGGCUAAAGGAGCACUAUCGUUUGGGGACUGCCUUCUGGGAUUCUUUCAUUCCAUCACAGUUGGCUGUCCCUCGUGGCAUUCCUUAA